AUGUCUACCCCACCACCAACUACACCCAAAGGGCCGCGAAAUGCCAGGAAACAAGCCAAGCGCACGACUACGCCCGCUACGCGUAAACCCUCGGCCCCUAACAACCCAUCCUCCUUAGCCCGCAAACAAGCGCAAAGUCCCAUCUCGAGCAACGAUGCAAAUGUUACCAUCGAUUCCUUCACUGGCGCUGAGGGCGGAUCGCGAAAGAAGAAAGAGCGGGGUAAUAAGAAGGACUCAAAUGCAAACUCGCCCCGGGCAAAAGCCGAUGUUACGAAUGUAAAGCCCGGUCAUCGUCACACCUCGUCCCAACCUUCAGUUCCGUCACCUUUGACAUUUCGCGAUAGCCCACAUUAUGCGGGACCGACAUUUCACGCUUCUCCAGCACCGUCCGCAUUGCCUGUACCUUCAUUUGUGUCGAAAUCUGUUCCUGAAGGAGAUUCUCCUCUCCAAACCCGUGUCGUGGAUGAGUCACCUGACAUAGACCAUCCCGGCAACUCUACGCCCACAAAAACACCAGCCCUUUCUUUCCUUGAGGGGCAAGAUAAAAAUACUUCGUCGCCUCUAGAUUUCUUAUUCAAGGCAGCAAUGGAAUCUAGGCGAGGAAAUAAUGCUGGUGGUCGAGAUGGUACACCUCGGCCUUCGAGUCUGGCGCACCAGGACACUAUUAAAGCCGGGCCUUCCCAGGAUCCCCUUACGAUGACUGAUACCGUAUUUCCCCUUGAUUUGGAGAAUUCUGAACCGUCAGUGAAAACCCCCAGCAGCAAAAUAACGGCUAUCGGCCCCGCAUUUGCUACUUCAUAUAAAGAAAGAAUGAACGCACUUCGGUCUGCCAGUUCUCCUUCGACGCCAGGUGAUGUUAAUGCCUCCAAUGAAAUAGAAAGAAAGGCGAAGUCCGACGCCCUGAAACUACUACUUUUCAAUUCUACCCAACAAGGGCCACUCUCAAUGACGCCUGGGCCGCGUAACAACUCCCCCUUAUUCAGCCCACAGUCUAGAGCAAAUAUGCAGUAUCAUCCGCAGCCUCCCCCUGGCACGCUAACACCUGCAUCAACUGAAAACUCCCCCCGAAAUAUAGGUUUUCAAGGCCAAAACGUUCCCUUCAAAUGCGUUUCUUCCGUUGGUAACCCUGGCCCCGCUAUUCAAAGUACAUUUCCCCCCCCUACUGGAGACAGGAUGAUUGCGGGAAUUCGACCUAGUGAUCAUCGCUAUUCACCGCUGCACCCCUCCCCCCACCGCUCUCACUCAGCACAUUCUACAUUACAUGGGACCUACGUCUCCCCCACACCAAAUCGCACAGUUUCCUCGCUACCACAGGAGAAGCGACCUGUUCAAGGUGUUUCAACCAGAAUAGGUCCUUCUGACACUAAAAAAAUGGAGGACGAUUUACGGCGCUUACUCAAAAUCCGCGUGAGCGACGGGCAUAACGGUAAUAAUAUGAGUUAG